CCACACGCAAAAUAGCAAGAAAGAAGACACACUCUUGUCAAAGUCAAACCAACCCAAAAUAACUCGCCGGCCACGUAAUUUGCUUUUGAUUUAUCCGAUAAAAAACAUAAAAACAAUUAAAUAAAAAAUGGAAUCCAUGAUCCGAUAUGUAUCACCGAUCAACCCAGCUGUAUUUCCUCAUCUAGCUACAGUGCUUCUGGCCAUUGGAACAUUUUUCACUGCAUGGUUUUUCGUAUUCGAAGUGUCACGACCACGGAAUUCUCAAAAAGAGUCUACCAUCUUCAAAGAGCUCUUGAUAAGUUUGUUCGCUUCGAUUUUCCUUGGAUUUGGUGUAGUUUUUCUCCUUUUAUCCGUUGGAAUAUACGUAUGAGUAGAAACAGACAUUCCCUAUAGUUUUAAUAUUUUCAAUUACCGAAAUGUAUCAACAAGAUAAACAAUAAAACAAAAAUACACAAAUCAA